AUGCUCAUAAAGCUUCCCACAAGCUUCGAUGGGACGAGUGUCGCGGUUACAUCUACCACCAGCGCACGUCAGAUUCUCGUGCUUGCCUCGCUCCUGAUGCUCUUCUCCUGCCACCUCACACCUGUCUCCAUCUAUGGUCCUGACAAGUUGUUUCUUGCUGCUCAGGUCGGCUGGUCAUACCCCACCUACAGCGAAAGCCCCGUCGGGCAGAUGGAGACAUACGACAAUGGCGCUGAGGAGAUGAAGCACAAGAGGAGCGAGAUCAGAUGGCGACUUGCAAAGCUCUCAGAGCAGCGAGCACACAGGCCAAGGAGGGUGGACUCAAACUCGUCUGUGCAGUGUGUGAACCAGUGGGAGCUGGAUCGACAAGAGAUGAAAGACCUCGAUGCCCUCUACCGCCAGACAGACGCCGCAUCUACCCCUCAGGAGCUCGCACAGGCGGAUGAUGAGGGCGAUGCUGCCAGCGUGACCCGUUCGCAGGACCUCCGGGCUUGCCGCUUGACGUAG